CUAAACUUUGUAUCGGCAAGUAUGCUAACAGCUAAAUAAUUUAUUUUAGCAUAUAUAUUCUUCUAUGUCAAGGCUAGUUCGUUUAGCCAUGCACCCAGUCAGCAGAAAGGAAGGACAUGCUAGGUUCUACACCAUUGGGAGAAUUGUUAAAAACAUUUGUGGCAUGAAUCUGGCACUGAAACGAUAUAUCGGAAAGAGCAGAGUGAUAUCAUGGGCCGUAUUUCAUCUCAAUGUACAAGCUGAUCUUAAAAAUGACCUUUCGUUCAGUAUUGGGAGUUUUAUCAGAAAUAAGACUAAAAAAGAGUUUGGGAAGCUAGAGAGCCUACUUUCUGUUUGUGUCACAGAGAGAAGCCCUGAGGAUCUCAGUCAGAUUCAAAUGAUGAUCAGAAGGAACAAAGCAUUUCAAAACCUUCCAGAUAAUAUCCAAACUCAGCUAUGCAAAGCUGCAAUAUAUCAACAAUAUGAAGAAAAAAGCAUUGUCAUUAAACAAAGUCAUCCACCUACUGGAUGCUAUUUCAUUUUGUCUGGAAGUUUGGUGGUUGCUGGCAGCAAUAUGUGUACAGAGGCUGAAUAUCACAAAGCAGACUUUUUGAACAGAGUCGACGAAGGCGAUCUAUUUGGGAUUGGAGUCAGUCAAUCAGAAUACUCUGAUCUUGGAAGUCAGUUUUUCAUCCAGUGGUUUCAGAUGGCAGAGGAAAGGAUUGCAAAGUUCCCAUUAGGAGAAUGGAGCCACAGGUGUGCACUUGUUGGUUUCAGUCCAAGUUUUUGA